CUUCUCCCUGCUCAUGCCCUGCCGCUGGAGAGUCUCGCUGGCUUCCCCUCAGGGGUGGGUGCCGAGCCAGACUUGAAAGGCUGGAGCCUCUAGGCCUCUUUAGAGCGGGGCGGCCGUUCCUUCUGAGGGGUGGACUAGAGGCGAGGGCCGGCGGCGUCUCCGGUUUGGGACUGGAGAGGGAGCCCUUGGGACCGGGACCCUGGCGCCGAGAGAAGGGGUGGUUGGGUUAACCCUUUCCACCCCGAUGUAAUUUGAUCUUUACAUCAUUAUUAGAUCAUGCAGACUGCUAGUCCCAGUGACAUACACCUGAGUGAAUGGCAGAAGAAUUUCUUUGCUGUCACCUCUGGCACCUGUACACCAGGACAGAAGGCAGAUGCAUACCGUGCACAGAUUUUACGCAUUCAGUAUGCAUGGGCAAACUCUGAGAUCUCCCAGGUUUGUGCUGCCAGCCUGUUCAAAAAAUAUUCAGAAAAGUACUCUGCAAUUAUUGACUCUGACAACGCAGAGACUGGCUUGAAUAACUAUGCCGACAACAUUUUGACUUUGGCAAGAAGUCAGCAAAAUGACAGUGAAAAAUGGCAAUCUGCUUUGACAACAAGUAAUGUGAUGGAAUUAGAGUGUGUGCAAGAGAUGAUGCGGACUGGCAAAAAGUUCCAGAGGUCUCUGAUGGCCCAAGCAGAUAAAGAGGUCAAUGCCUCUGUUUCUUUGGGUCUUCCCAAACCAGCUCUGUACACUGGUGAUGGAGAAUCUGUGCUUGGAGUUGGCUCAUCAAAUUGUGUAAGUGAGGGACCAGACAUCCUUGUGGGUGCCACUUCUCUGAAGUGUCAUCAAAAUGGCAUGGCUUCCUCAGCCAAAAUAGGAGUUGCACAUGCUUUUUCAUCUGUGCCUGUAAGUGAAGUGUCUGAUAUAGGAUCUCGUGCAACCCCAUUAUUUGGAAAUAGCGAUUCAGCAUUUAAUAGUUCACUGAAAUACGCUUCUGGUUUGGGACAAAAUUUCUCAUCUUCUACUCAAUCUGCUUUUACUGCAGGGAUGAGCAAUCCAGGGAAAAGGAAAACCUUUUUUGCAUUUAAUGAAGAAUGUAGUAACAUAGCAUAUGGUCAUAAGUCUGCAGUUAAUACAGAAGGAAAGAAUUCAGAGAGUGGAAGUAGAAAUAAUGAGAACAGAACAUCCGGUUUCAAAACUGCAAAGGAGCAACUCUGGGUGGAUCAACAGAAAAAAUGCCAAAACCAACUCCCGCGUGCUCCGCUCUCAUCUUACGGUGGUACAAAAAAGUCUUUGGGAGCUGGAAGGUCUCGGGGUCCAUUUGGCAAGUUUGUCCCUCCAGUGCCAAAACAAGAUGGAAGUGAACAUAUGGGAGUGCAGUGCAAACCUAGUGCGUCUGCAGAGUUACCUUGUCCUACAGAUGAACGGUUAAAGAAUAUAGAACCGAAAAUGAUAGAACUUAUUAUGCAUGAGAUUAUGGACCGUGGGCCUUCAGUCAACUGGGAUGACAUUGCAGGAGUUGAGUUUGCAAAAGCGACCAUUAAAGAGAUAGUAGUAUGGCCUAUGUUGAGGCCUGACAUUUUUGUUGGCUUACGGGGCCCGCCAAAAGGAAUUCUUCUAUUUGGUCCCCCUGGGACAGGGAAGACACUCAUUGGUAAAUGCAUUGCAUGUCAGUCUGGUGCCACGUUUUUUAGCAUCAGUGCUUCUUCGCUUACCUCUAAAUGGGUAGGUGAAGGGGAAAAGAUGGUCCGUGCAUUGUUUGCUGUAGCACGUUGCCAUCAGCCAGCAGUAAUUUUUAUUGAUGAAAUUGAUUCUCUCUUGUCCCAGCGCGGAGAUGGGGAACAUGAGUCUUCUAGAAGAAUAAAAACAGAAUUUUUGGUUCAGCUAGAUGGAGCAACAACUUCUUCUGAAGACCGCUUACUAGUUGUAGGAGCAACCAACCGUCCACAAGAGAUUGAUGAGGCCGCUAGGAGGAGGCUAGUGAAGAGAUUAUACAUCCCACUUCCCGAAGCUUCUGCCAGAAAACAGAUUGUGUCCCGUCUGAUGUCAAAGGAACACUGUUCCCUUACUGAAGAGGAAGUGGAGCUCAUUGUUAAAAAAUCAGAUGGGUUUUCUGGGGCUGAUAUGACUCAGCUUUGUCGAGAGGCUUCUCUAGGUCCCAUUCGUAGCCUUCAAUUUGUUGAUAUUGCAACUAUCACACCUGAGCAAGUACGGCCUAUUGUUUUUCAAGAUUUUGAUAAUGCUUUAAGAACAGUGCGCCCUAGUGUAUCCUCCAGAGAUCUAGAAUUGUACGACACCUGGAAUCAAACAUUUGGUUGCGGAAGAUAAGAAUAAUGAAUUAGGAUCUAUGGGAAUUCCUAUUUUUUAUGUUUUUAAAAAAGUCUAAAUUGUU